CAUUUUGAGGGCACACCAGUGCGUAGCCGCUGCUUUUGGUUUUCUCUUCCUGGGUUUGACAGUGUCAUAAAGCCGGAAAUGGUUCCUACGGAUGCCUUCUCUCGUAGUUUGAGUCGGAAUGAAGUCAUUGGUCUUAUUUUCCGACUGACGAUAUUUGGAGCCGUUACAUAUUAUACCAUAAAAUGGAUGGUAGACGCUGUUGAUCCGACCAGAAAACAGAAAGUCGAAGCCCAGAAACAGGCUGAGAAGCUGAUGCGGCAGAUUGGCGUGAAGAACGUGAAACUCACAGAAUAUGAACUGAGCAUCGCGGCUCAUCUCGUGGACCCGCUCAGUGUGCAGGUAACCUGGAGUGAUGUGGCAGGUCUCGAUGAUGUCAUAACAGAUCUGAAAAACACCGUAAUACUUCCUAUAAGAAAGAAACACCUGUUUGCGAAUUCCAGACUGCUGCAGCCCCCUAAAGGAGUCCUUCUUUAUGGCCCUCCAGGGUGCGGUAAAACUCUCAUUGCAAAAGCCACAGCCAAAGAAGCCGGAUGCCGCUUCAUUAAUCUCCAGCCGUCCACGCUGACGGACAAGUGGUACGGAGAGUCUCAGAAACUGGCAGCGUCCGUCUUCUCUUUGGCCGUAAAGCUCCAGCCAGCCAUAAUUUUCAUUGAUGAAAUAGAUUCUUUCCUCCGAAGCCGUUCUAGCUCCGACCAUGAAGCCACGGCCAUGAUGAAAGCUCAGUUCAUGAGUCUCUGGGAUGGGUUGGAUACAGACCACAGUUGUCAGGUUGUUGUCAUGGGAGCCACUAACCGACCUCAGGAUAUCGAUGCAGCGAUAUUACGAAGAAUGCCAACCAGAUUCCAUAUCAGUCAACCGUCCCUCGCACAGCGUGAGGCAAUUCUUGGUCUGAUCCUGAAAAAUGAAAAUGUGGAUGAAGACUUGGACCUGAUGGAGAUUGCCAACCACACCGAAGGAUUCUCUGGCAGUGACCUGAAGGAAAUGUGUCGCGAUGCCGCUCUGCUUUGCGUCCGAGAAUAUGCAGCCAAUUGUUCAGAAGAUGGCUUUUAUGAGGACUUUCGACCUAUACAAAAGCAGGAUUUAAUAAUGGCCAUUGACAAAAUGAAGAAAUCCAAAAAAGCAUCGAACCAGAGCAUUCUGAUGCACGUCAGUUUGGACUAAGAUCGUUUGAACGCACGCGGUCCUAGCUGAAUAAGCUAACCAGAAGAGACAACAAGGGAACAUCGGGCAGGGGAGAGAGUCUGGCCUUGUGUGCAGUUCCAUACUUUUAUAUGAGCGUAAAACCUCUACUGUUUAGUGAUGACGAUUCACAACAUGAGACGCAGACAGCAAUAGCGCUAUGUUUGCGCCGGCGCAUUAACCAUCAUGCCACUUAUUCAAGGGGUUUUCCACAGAAUAGCGUGAAUAUCUUUUCCCCAAAGUUAAUAAUCUGAAAACAUACGCACUUUAUUCUGGGGGGGAAAAAAGAAUGCUGUCGGGUGUAUAUCUUCUGUGUGUAUAAAGAUGUAUGUAUUGGUAUAUUCCUCCAUGUUUAUAACGAAAAAACAAACCUGUGUAUGUUAAUAUAUUAUUUUACGAGACUGGAACACCAGUGGGAUGAUCGUGAAAAGGAAAACCAACACCAGUUACCAUUCUACAUCAUUCACUAUUUCCAGUCCCGAGUCAGCUUCAUGUAUGUACGCAAUUCUGAUAAAACACAGCCUAACUUAUACAAUGGGCAUUUCUGGUCUGGAAUUUUAUAAAGCUUAUCACGAGCGUUAGGCUUUUUUUGUUAUGUUCUUUUUUUUACUUUGCAAUAACAGCUUUUUUGGUGUUAUGAGUAAUUGAAGGUAUUUUUGAGUCUGCGUUGAUUGCGGACGUUAAGGACAUAAUAAAGAGUCUGGCUCGUUAGCAAAAUCCAAUAUACCUUCUCACUCUGGGAAGUGUGCGUGAUGAUGGCAUGUAUGUGUAUGUCUACAUAGUCUGUACAUAUCAACAAAAUGACUAAAAUGCACAUUGAAUGUCAACGGCUUCUCCCUGUCCGUCGUCUCGUCUUGCUGAGCGUUUUAAAGGCAUGUUUCCUGCGUGUUUAGGAUUAGAUGACCUCUGAUAUCCCGUGAGAGAAUAAAAUCUGUCGCUGUAAUUAUUGUGUGUGUGGAGGUGUGUAAAAAUGGCCCACAAGGUUUGGUUCUGUGAAAACCUUUUAGGCACCCAGUUUUUAUCCUUAAUCUUCUGUUUUAAAUUUUUCUGAAGCAAAUAUUUUUGUUUGAAAACUGACCUUGGAAUUUUUAGUGGCUAGACCCUUGCUGCUGACCUUGUUGAGAUGCUGGUUGAUUUCACCCACAAGAUCUAUAGACAAUGUUGACAAUUGCAUUUGGCUACUUACAUAAGAUAAGAGAAACGAGAGUUUCGGCGGCCCCGUUAUGUAGCGAUAUGUCUCCCGGGGGCUCUUUUUAUGGACCCAUUUUGGGAGGCUUUUACUGCACUAUGUUGGCCAUGAUCCUGUCCUAAGCGGAAGCUCUAUGAGUUUGAGUAACGCAGAAUACUGCAAGGUGGUGAUCAUUUUCAGUUUGAAUUUUCCUGUUUUUGUGAAUAACAUCCACAAGUAUAUUUUUUUACACUUGUACUACAUUUGUUCUUAUGGGCUGAUUAAACGAUUAUUGGGAAACA